CAUCGAUCUCUGAUUCUCCUCAUCUUUCUCAUUCACAUUUCGAACAAACUAUACACAACCGCAAUGCCUCCAAUCUUGCCGGACUUCUCCAACUCCGUCAAGCUCAAGUAUGUCAAACUCGGCUACCAAUACCUCGUGAACCAUUUCCUCACCCUCGCUCUAGUUCCCAUAAUGGCCGGGAUUUUUCUCGAGGUUAUACGCAUCGGCCCGGGGGAGGUUCUAAACUUGUGGAGCUCUCUUCACUUGGAUCUUGUCCAAAUCCUCUGCUCUUCUUUCCUCAUCAUCUUUAUCGCCACCGUCUACUUCAUGUCAAAGCCACGGAGCAUCUUCCUCGUCGACUACGCUUGCUACAAGCCCCCUGUUACCUGCCGCGUCCCUUUCUCCACAUUCAUGGAACACUCCCGCCUCAUCCUCAGCAACAAUCCUAAGAGCGUCGAGUUCCAGAUGAGGAUCCUCGAGCGCUCUGGUCUCGGGGAAGAGACUUGUCUUCCCCCAGCCAUUCAUUACAUCCCUCCGCAGCCAACAAUGGAGGCUGCAAGGGGUGAGGCGGAGCUCGUCAUAUUCUCCGCAAUGGACUCCCUAUUUGAGAAAACCGGGCUUAAACCUAAAGACAUCGAUAUUCUCAUCGUCAACUGCAGCCUGUUCUCGCCGACGCCUUCUUUGUCGGCGAUGGUGAUCAACAAGUACAAGCUCCGAAGUAACAUCCGGAGCUUCAACUUGUCCGGCAUGGGGUGCAGCGCCGGUCUCAUAUCCAUCGACUUGGCACGUGAUCUUCUUCAGGUUCAUCCCAACUCAAACGCUGUGGUGGUCAGCACGGAGAUCAUAACUCCCAACUAUUACCAAGGAAAAGAGAGGGCUAUGCUUUUACCCAACUGUCUCUUCCGUAUGGGUGGGGCCGCCAUACUCUUAUCUAACCGUAGAUCCGAGAGCCGACGUGCCAAGUACAGGUUGGUCCACGUGGUCCGGACCCACAAGGGAGCCGACGACAAGGCCUUCCGCUGCGUCUUUGAGGAGGAGGACAGGGAGGGCAAGGUCGGAAUCUCACUCCAAAAAGAUCUCAUGGCUAUCGCCGGCGAGGCUCUAAAGUCCAACAUCACCACAAUCGGUCCUCUAGUACUUCCGGCGUCGGAGCAGCUCCUUUUCCUGCUGACCCUCAUCGGAAGAAAGCUUGUCAACCCUAAGUGGAAGCCUUACAUUCCAGACUUCAAGCAGGCGUUUGAGCACUUCUGCAUCCACGCUGGGGGUCGGGCCGUCAUCGAUGAGCUUCAGAAGAAUCUACAGCUCUCUGCCGAGCACUGCGAGGCGUCGAGGAUGACGCUGCACAGGUUUGGAAAUACGUCGUCGUCUUCGCUGUGGUAUGAGUUGGGGUACAUUGAAGCCAAGGGGAGGAUGAGGAAGGGAGAUAGGGUUUGGCAGAUUGCGUUUGGGAGCGGGUUUAAGUGCAACAGCGCCGUGUGGAAGUGUAACCGGACGAUCAAGACGGCGGAAAAUGAUGAUUCGCCGUGGGCCGAUUGCAUUGAAAGGUACCCGGUUCAUAUUCCUGAUGUCGUCAAACUCUAGAGAACACAAAGAACUGCAUCGGUGCAGGUGUUGAUGGCUUUUCUUUGGUUUCAGCUUUUAUCAAUUUGCCGCUAAAAUCACAAAGUUGCAUUUACCGUUACGUUCAUGGUCUGCAGUAUUUUUUUUUUUUUUUUUCCCUCUCUCUUUCAAAGUUGCAUAGAAGUUCAAAAUGUGCUCUUCUUUUAUGUAUUAAUCAUUGUAUUCCAUGUAAGGAAACCACAGUUGAUCGAGUUAUUAUGGAAGUUUGCAAUUGAUCA